CAAAAAUAUAAUUUAACCGAUCUCUACCAAACAAAUAUAACCAUUCCCACAAGCAAAUGUCACGGGAUGAUCACUAGCUUAAUUAAUUAAUUAAUUGAAUAAAAGGAUAAGCAUAAAUAAACAAGAAGAAGAAACUGGCAAUUGCAGGAAAUGUAUACAAGAGGCUGGAGGAGUUCAUAUAGGAUGCUAAGUUUCCUUGAUCAUAUUCGAUGUUCAAGCAAUGUAUCUCAGCUUCAUCGUCAAGAGAUAAAUACCGUUGUCAGGGCUCGACGAGGGUAUCCAGGACACCAGGGGUUGCAGUUGUUUAGUGCCUAUAGAAGUGGAAUGUGGAGCAAAAAGGAUAACAAGGUUAAUGUUGGAGCUGCUGAAGGUUCGGGUCCUCCUCCUCCUCCUGCUCCAAGAUUCAAUUUCCCUAUUUGGGCAAGAUGGAUUUUAGGCUCUUUAUUAACUUUUCUCUUACCUUUUUGGAAGCAAAAAUGGGCGAAAUGGCGAAGAAUUGAAAAAGAGGCAGAGAUGGUGGUUGGAGGGGUUGAAAUUGCAGCAGAGGUUGUGGAGAAGGUGGCAACCGCGACAGAGAAGGCAUCGGAAAAAGUGGCAGCCAAUCUCUCCGAUGAUAGUAAGUUGAAGGAAGCAGCUCUGCUUGUAGAACGUGUUUCCAAAGAAACUGCUAAGGAUGCUCGCCUCACGGAAGACAUAAUUCACAAGGUGGAGGCAAUAAAGAAGGAUGCAACUGACUUGGAGAAAUUCGUUGAACCCAUUGUGCAUAAGAUCAUGGGAAAAGGGCAUGAAGGUGAUGAACAAGCAAUUAAUGUGAAGGGUGUAAAGAAAGAAGAUUAGAAUAAAAAAAACCAUGACAUUGUUUAGUUUCCCCUGAAUUCCGCUUGAUUUGGGGGCUGUAAACCUCGGUUUGGAUUCGUUAAUUUUUUUUUGGUAUAUAAAUAAGAAGCCAACCUGGAGUCUAGGCAAGACACAGAUUGGCAGAUGGAAAAAAAAAAAAAUAGACACCAUUUUAUGUAAGUUAUAUUGGCAAGUCGCAAACCAUAAUAGAGUCGCGUUUUCUUU